AAUUAUGAAAACAGUUCAAACUGAGGAACAAGUUAAUCUCCCAGUGGCUCCUCAGUUGUACCUGUGUCGGUCAUUUCUGGACGUUUUGUCAACGAGUGUGGACCAUUUUUUCCUGAAAUAAAAUGACUGCCAGACAACAAUCUAUGAUUUCCAAAGUGCCUCGGUAUGCAGCAAUGGUGUUUUUGGAUCAAACUUGUGGGAUUAUCCCUACCACCAAAAUUAUGACCGGGACAACAAAAUUAGAGGAAGUUGUGAAAUGCAUAUGGGACGGAGAGGAAGUGGAAGGGAAAAUUGUUGGAUUGAACAAUUCUCCAAGUGAGCUUGGCAUGAUUCUUGAAGACUUUGAGAGCAGACCAAGCAGCAACCAGUCAUCUCCAAUAAGCAGCCCAUCUCCCCCACCAAAAAAGAAAGUCAAAGUGAAUAAUCCAAUUUUAAAUGUGAGACUACAGGAGUGA